AUGGCCAUGGCUAUGACGACGGCUACGGACGACUUUAAUGUCAAGCAGGAGAUUGCUAAGAUCCGCUUCACGGAUUUUGAGAAGGCAAAUAAUAUCCAUCACCUCAACAGAUCUGAUCCGUGUGGUCUCUCAAAUUCCUUUCGGACGUGUUACGACGCAAAAGGGAAUCUGCGACUACCUCGGAACCGCCCUUCAUCGCAACGGCCCCUCCAACGUUCACAAGGGUCUAGGGUUCUCCGCAAGAUGCCCGGGAACCACAAGGACAAUACACUCACAUGGCGUCGUCCCGAGUACCGCGCGAUUCUCAUCAAGGAACGCGUCAAGUUCGAUGACGGUGGCAAACUACUCGAGAUGAACCGGCUAUGGUUCAGCUUUCAACCCCCUAGGGCUGAAGCCGUGAGCGCCAAGUUGAAAGACCGCAGAACGGAGUACGCGUGGCUCGACACACCUAAGCCCGCACCCAUCCCCGGCGUCUUUCCCGAGUCCUCCAAGACCGCCGAAGCACGCGGGAACACUGAUCCCGGAUACCUCGCGCGGAAGGAGCGCUUCCGCGAGGUCCAGCAGCAAGCUCUCUUCAGGAUCGCCGGCCACAUGGGCCUAAUUGAUGACGACAUCGUCGAAACUGUUGCUAGCUCUCAUUCGAUCCGCCAGUACGAGAUGCAGCAUCCGGAGUGGUCCAUGUCCGGCGAUAUCGCCCACAACGCAAAAUGCGGUCCGCGCGCAAUUGAGCUGAAGAGGGACACGACCCCACCGAGAAGACAGCGCGAGGCCUUGAAGAGAAGAGCGUCCGCUGCUCCUCAGGGAGAGAAAGAUCCGAAGUCGGAGAAGAAAGCUGGUGAACUGGAUGACCAGGCCGUUUUCUUGACGGUCGUCUGUCGGCAAAAAGCGCCAACGAACUUUGAAGUGUCGGGUGGUCGCCACACCCGCAACCAACGCGGAUGCCGGCUCCGCGCAACGCUUCCCCACACCACCUCGCAAAUUCACCCAGUAAUCCCACCUGAUUACCCGCCGUCGAUCAUAAACAUUGGCCGACCUCGCCUCACUGUCAAGGAAGCCGUGGAGUACCUCCGCCGUACCUGCGAUUUAGACGACGGCCCCGCACCGAAGCUAGACGAUACCUACUGGCUCGAAAUUCUGCCUAAACCCCUGAAGAACCACCUGGAGCCACACAAGAUUAUCGUUUUCCUGGAUCUUCGUGGCCCCGUGCGCACCCAGUUCUUGUAUCUCCACGAGCAACACCAUAUAGAUUACGAGCGCGACUACCCGGAACAUACGAUGGACGUCUACCAGCGCCUGCCGACUGCACCUGGUCGUAUUCAGAUGAAUGCGGAUGGAGACGUACUCUGGCCGGAAACUACGGUUCGUACGCCACGCCCGCCGAGGAUUCCUCCAGACCAGCAGCCUAUCACGGAAAAGAAUAAAGAGAAUCUCAAUCCUCCGCGCCACCGGGAGUUGAUGCAUCGCUUUGCUGAAGAAUACAAUACGCCGACAAACAAUCUCCACUUGCCGGCGCAGAUCGUGCUGCCUGCUACCACUGCAGCGGCACUUGACGGAAUCAGGUUAACCGGACGAGGAGGACGCCCGCUUGGGGAGCUGUCCAUUGCGACCGAUAGCCCCACUCGCGUCGAGCUCCGCGGUGAUGCUCGCCGUCGGUGGAAUGACAGUGUUGAGUUUGACAGACAGCAACGCACCGAGAACAUCUUUCAAGAGCGUACUGAGAGGGAGAUAACUGACAGGAUUCUUCGCGAGGGCCGUGCCGCACCUCCGCGGACCCCGAGCGGCGAGAACACUCCUCCACGCACCAGGAACGUCGAGAACACUCCUCCACGUGGUCCUCACACUCCUGAGCUUCAAAUUCCGACUCCCGUUGCUGCGCAGUUACUUAUGGACAUUGAUCGCCGUGCGGCAGCGGAGAAUACGAUGGAAGCUCUGAAUCCGCUUGACACAGGUAGAUACCCUCGUGAUGAGCGUCGCGGACCACUCGUAUACCGCCGGCGCCCGCAGCCCACUUCCCCGACUACCGCCGAUGAUCAGACUCCACAGGUGCUGAUCUACCCAGCAGAAUACGAGGAUGGCUUGCUGGGCGAACGCGGAUGGCAGUUUCAGCGCGAAGUUGCUAUAGCUCGCGAGAUGACACGCCUAGUGGUUCAAGAUUCAGCUAUCGAACGCGGCGAACGUCUUCCGCCCUCACACCAGCUCGCCAACUUGGAGCUCCCGUUACUCCGCGGACUCCGGUCACUCCGGCUCGCCAGCUUGGAGGCCCCGCCGCGCCACGUACCUCCGGUCUCCCCACGUCGCCGCUCGAAGUUCAGGAAGCUCACACGGUUCAACCCCGUCCUGAUGUCGAGCCUCCGCACUUAG